GAGAGAACAUUGAUCAUGAAUUCAGCCUUUAAAUUGAGCACAGGACACUUUAUCCCGCUUAUUGGACUCGGAACUUACCAAAUUCGUGGUCCUGAAGUAUUUCCGGCGAUUGAUUUUGCCUUAGAUGUUGGAUAUCGUCACAUAGACACUGCCAACGUUUAUCGCAACGAAAAGGAGAUUGGAGACGCAUUGAAGACUCUUUUACCGAAGUACGGACUCACAAGGGAGCAAAUUUUCAUUACAUCCAAGCUUGUGCCUCGUAAUAAACAAUCAAACGACGACGUAAUUGCCACUGUGAAACAAUCCUUGCGUGAUUUGCAAACUUCUUACAUUGAUUUGUACCUAAUUCAUUGGCCCGGCGUUUACGGAAUUCCCGUUGAGAGUCCCGAAAACGCAAAAUAUCGCGCGAGCACGUUUGAAGCGUUAGCAGAGUGUCAGAGAAACGGUCUUUGUAGGUCAAUUGGGGUCAGCAAUUACACCGUGAGUCAUUUGAAGGAACUUCUUUCGCAGUGCAGCGACGUUCGACCUACUGUCAAUCAAGUUGAGUGGCAUCCGCAUUACCAUCAACCAGAAUUGCUUGAAUUUUGUCGCAAAGAAAAGAUUUUCUUGCAAGCUUAUUCUUCGUUGGGCACUUCUAACACGACAUCCUUGCGAGACGACCCAACAAUACAAGAAAUUGCGAAAAAACUUGGAAAAACUCCUUCACAAAUUUUACUUCGUUGGGCAUUCCAGCAAGAAAUUGGCAUUUUACCGAAAGCGAGAUCCAGAAGUCACGUCGAGGAGAAUUUCGGAUUGGAUUUUGUCAUUCCCGAUGAAGAUAUGAAGACCCUAAGUGGCAUGAGAGUUAAUCACAAGUACGCAUGGAACCCCGAAACUGUCGUUUAA